AUGGCGGCGCAAAAAAUGACCAAGAACCAGAUGCGCCGGGCGAAGAAGAAGGAAGAGAAGAAGGCAAAGGCAGAGGUCAGUGCUCAACUCCAUCAUAUGCACUCUCUGUCGCGGUCAUCUAACCAAAUCACUCUUGUCCAGGCUGCCGCGAAAGGUGACGAGAAUGCUGUCGCCGAUCAGAACGACGCCGCUGAAGCUGCGAAGGAAGAGGCUCCUCAAACGGAUACCACCGAUCUCGAGGUCAAGAAAGAUCCUGGAGCGCCCACGGAGAUACCUGCAGACGGACCUGUCGACCUGUCUAUCGACAAUGAUGACCCGGCCUUUGCGCAAUUCAAAGAUAUUUUCUCGCGAUUUGGCACGAGUCUCGAGGACGACGAGAUUGCGAGGGAAGCAAACGCUGGUAACAAGGGCGAGGUGUUUUUCGAUGACGACGAUCUUCCAGACGAGGAUGAUGAGGUUGAAGGGCAAGUCAAGCUCUCCAAGAAGAAGCGGAAGAAGCUCAACAAGCUGUCGAUCGCUGAGCUGAAGGCGUUGGUCAGAAAUCCCGAGGUCGUGGAGUGGCAUGAUGUGUCGUCCUCCGACCCAAGGCUUCUGGUGCAGAUCAAGGCGCAGAGGAAUAUUGUUCCUGUUCCCACUCACUGGUCCUUGAAACGAGAGUACCUGUCGAGCAAGAGGGGCAUUGAAAAGCCCCCAUUCAAGCUACCUCAGUUUAUUGCCGAAACCGGCAUCACCGAGAUGCGCGACGCUGUCCUGGAGAAACAAGCGGAACAAACACUCAAGCAGAAGCAACGCGAGAGGGUGCAGCCAAAGAUGGGCAAGCUUGAUAUCGACUACCAAAAGCUCUACGACGCCUUCUUUCGUUUCCAGACCAAGCCACCCCUAACGAGGUUCGGCGAUGUCUACCACGAAGGCAAGGAAUGGGAGGCUGAUUACCGUCACUUCAAGGCCGGUGAGAUCAGCGAGGCUCUACGGGAUGCGCUGGGUAUCCAGCCAGGCUUCCCGCCUCCAUGGCUCCUUCAGCAACAGAGGAUAGGCCCCCCACCUUCGUAUCCCGCACUCAAGAUUCCCGGCCUCAACGCACCAUUGCCAGCAGGUGCCGCAUGGGGCUUUGGGCCUGGCCAGUGGGGCAAGCCUCCCCUGGACGAGUAUAACAGACCCAUCUACGGCGGUGAUAUCUUUGGUAUUCUUGCUGGCAAUCCCAACGCCGCUCAGGCCCAGCAACCACAAGCGCAACAACCGCCCAGCGGAGAACCCGUCGAGAGAAAUCUGUGGGGUGAGCUGCAGCCGCCGGCCGAGGAGUCUGAAGAAGAGGAGUCUGACGAGGAGGAGGAGGAAGAGGAAGAGGACGAGGACGACAUCCCCGGUGGGCUCCAGACGCCGGGCGGCCUCGAGACGCCAGCGGGCUACUCCAGCACGGUGCCUAGCGAGUAUCCCGGCGCUCCUAGCGGCGUGGAGAGCAGCAUGGCCGGCGAAUUUGACCUCCGCAAGCAACGGCAGGGCUACGAGACCGAGGAGCACCCGCGCUCAGCCUACACCGUCGUGCCGGAGCGCCAGACGCAGGCCUCGGGCUUCUUUGGCAGCGACCGCGUCUACGACCUGUCCAAGAGCAAGGGUGCUGCUGGAGGCGUGCCUGUCCUGGGCCAGGACGACGACAGCGCCCGCAAGCGCAAGAAGCCCGGCGACGUGGACGUCGCGCUGGACCCAGACGCGCUGCAGAACCACGACGGCAUCAGCAAGGAUGAGCUGCGGCGCAAGUUCGACCAGGGCGCCAAGGAGGACGGUGUGGGUGCCCAGUGGCAGUACGAUGAUGACUUGAGCGAGAUGAUCGCCCAAGAGAGCCGGAAGAGGCAAAAGAGGGACGAGGAGCGGAGGGGCGGAGGGGAGAAAAAGAAGGAGACCAAGUAUAGGUUUUAA